UCGGAGUGGUGCAGCGCCACCGAAACAAACACCAAGGCGUGUGUGUGUGUGCAUAGAGUGGUCACAAGGCGGAAGAUCUGGUGUGUGUACAAUAAGCAGAAAUGGCUCUCCCACCAAAACCAUGGGAAUCCACCACGAGUCCAGAACUUCCGGCUGCCGCCAUUCCGGCUCAAAACAGCUCAGACGGACCUCCGCCGGUACCUCGAUACAACGACGACAUGAAUGCAUUUGGAUCCUAUGGCGGAGGCUUGAAUUCCUACCACGGGAGUCCUUUCAUGUCUAGAUACGGCGGAAUGGGUUACCCUGGCUCCUACGGCCAAAUGUAUGGAGGCUACGGCGGUUACGGGGGUUAUGGCUCGUAUGGGGGCAUGAUGGGAAAUUAUGGAGCCCCUAAUGGAGAGUCCGAACUCGCCCGAAUGGCCGACGAAAGCACUCGAUCCGCAUUCCAAAGCGUCGAGCACCUCGUGCACGCUUUCAGCAGCGUAUCCAUGAUGCUAGAGAGCACGUAUUUUGCCCUGUACAACUCAUUUCGAGCAGUUAUAGGAGUCGCAGACCAUCUCUCCAGUGUAACGCAGCAGCUGUCCCAGUUGAUAAACUCGCUGUCGCUCAUCAGGACGCUCCGUUGGAUAAUUCGCAGGAGCCUUCAAGUACUCGGCAUCGUGCAAGUCGAUUCCGCCGAAACUGCGUGGAAUUCUGCGUCUCAUAUCACGAAUCAGGACGCGCUCGUGACGAAUACGUCGACCUCAUCGUGGCCCGUACUCGCGUUCUUCUCCGUCGUAAUGGGAGCUCCCUACCUCCUUUACAAGAUGUUCGGUCUGAGUGCCAAGGAGAGCAACAAAUGGGCGUCCGGUGAGGCGCCACAUUACUCAGCAGUUGCGCUCUACGAUUUCAUCGGUCGCAGCGACAGGGAAUUGAGUUUCCAGGCGGGAGCGAAAAUAAGGCUCGCCCCCAAAAAUCUCCAAUCAAAAGUCCAGGGAUGGUUGGUCGCAAGCAUCGAUGGUAAACGCACUGGACUAGUUCCAUACAAUUACCUUAAAAUCCUCGGUCCGUCAGAAUCGAUCGGGGCCCCAACGACUGCUCCCCAAAGUGUUUCAACCUGUCAACCUAGAUCCAGCGCAGAUCCUGAGGUGUUUCCUGCCGCAAGAGAAGAAGGAGACUCACCGACGAAUACUCCGAAUGGUUUCGUAAAUAUUAGUAUGUCGGAAGUUAGCAAAUGAAAGAUGUGACGUAUCACCUUCGACUGUAUACUCGUAUUCUUCUA